AUGGAUUCUCUGGACACCAACACUUUGUCACCUAAUGCAAGCACAGUACGAGUGGUCUUGAUGCCCCGUAUUGGUUAUACUAUAAUAGCAAUUAUUAUGGCAACAUCUUGCACUUUAUCAGUAAUUUUGAAUACAGCCGUCAUUGCCAUAACUAUUAAGUACAGGCAGCUUCGUCAGCCCAUCAAUUAUUCUCUGGUUAAUUUAGCAAUAGCAGACCUUGGAGCAGCUUUGUUAGGAGGAAGCCUGAAUGUAGAAACAAAUGCCGUUGGAUAUUACAACCUGGGCAGAGUUGGCUGUGUCACCGAAGGUUUUGCUAUGGCAUUUUUUGGCAUUGUGGCUUUGUGCACCAUAGCAGUGAUAGCUGUUGACCGCGCAAUUGUAAUCGCCAAGCCGAUGGGAACAAUUACAUUUACUACCAGAAAAGCUAUGAUUGGUGUAGCUGUGUCCUGGAUAUGGUCUCUUGUUUGGAACACACCUCCUCUUUUUGGUUGGGGAGGAUACCAGAUGGAAGGCGUUAUGACCUCCUGUGCUCCAGAUUGGGCUAACAGUGAUCCUAUCAAUGUUUCCUACAUUAUCUGCUACUUUCUCUUCUGCUUUACAAUCCCAUUCAUCACAAUCUUGGCCUCCUACGGUUACCUGAUAUGGACUCUGCGUCAGGUGGCUAAAGUUGGACUAGCACAGCGAGGCUCAACAACUAAAGCGGAAGCACAAGUGUCACGGAUGGUGAUUGUGAUGGUUAUGGCAUUCUUGAUCUGCUGGCUUCCUUACGCAACUUUUGCCUUGGUAGUUGUGGGUAAUCCUCAAAUCUACAUUAAUCCUAUUAUAGCGACCAUCCCAAUGUACAUGGCAAAAUCCAGCACAUUCUAUAAUCCAAUCAUCUACAUUUUUAUGAACAAGCAGUUUCGCGAUUGCCUUGUAAGGUGUCUCCUGUGUGGAAGAAAUCCCUGUGCUUCUGAGCAAACAGAUGAAGAUGAUCUAGAAGUCUCUACCAUUGCUCCUGCUCCUUCCUCAAGACGUGGCAAAGUUGCUCCUGUAUAG